AUGGCCAUUCAUGAAAUGGGGAAUGGAUAUAGUAUGAAAGUUACCAAUAGCUCCAGGGGAAAAGUCUUCAUGCUGGUGAUGACUGAUUAUUUCUCCAAAUGGAUCGAAGUUGAAGCCUUCGUUCAGGUAAGAGACAAAGAGGCAGUAUCAUUCAUUAAACAUAAUAUCUUGACCAGGUUUGGGAUCCCGGCUGAGAUCAUAUGUAGAUCCCAAUUCAUAAGCAAAAUGAUAAGAGACUUUUGCACAAGUUGGGGAAUUAAAAUAAUAACGUCCACUCCUAUUCAUCCCCAAGCUAAUGGUCAAACAGAAUCCAACAAUAAAAUCAUAGUAAACAACUUAAAGAAAAGAUUGGACAAGAAGAUGGAAGAUGAGAAGAAGAGCUUCCUUUCGUCUUAUGGGCAGAUAGGACUACUUCUAAAGUAG